GAUACCCAGGUACCAAAUGCAUAAUAAACACAUUUUUUGGAGCGUCUUCGACUCUUCUUCCACGCUCUUCGGUCUUCCCACUGCCAACCACCUCAGUUAUCAAACCGACACACCAUGACGACUUGUAUGCGGCAACGCAUACCACCUCACCCGUAAUGACAUCAACCGCGGCGCAGUCUGCGCCCGCGUCCUCCCUCCUCAACAUCAAUGCCUUGUUCGACAACCCUCUCUUCGCCGGCGGCAUAGGCCUCGCCUCCAUCGGCGCCGUGGCCGCUUUCGGCCGCAAAGGUCUCAUCAUGGCCGCCGGUGCAGCCCGCCGCCGGCUCCUCGUCAACGUCGAGAUCAGCAAGCAGGACCCCGCCUACCCGUGGAUCCUCGCGUGGCUUUCCCAGCCGCGGCCGCAGACCGGCUUCCUCGCAUCUCGCAUCACCCGCAUCCACAACCUGUCGGUAUCGACGACGACGACGACGGCGGCCAUGGCGAACAGCGCUCGCAGCGGCAGCAUCGGUACUAGUAGUAGUGGUGGCGGUGGCGGUGGUGGCGGUCCGGGACAGACGCAUUUCUUCCUCCAACCGGGCUACGGGCGCCACGUGGUCAAGCACAAGAACGCGUACAUCGCGGUGAACCGCGAGAAGCACAACACGGCCAACAUGAACACGGGCGAGCCGCACGAGGUGGUGCAGCUGACGACGCUGUGGGCGCACCGGCACAUCUUCGAGGACGUGUUCGCCGAGGCGCACCGGCUCGCGGCCAAGGCGCACGAGGGCAAGACGAUCGUCUACGCGGCGCGCGGCAUGGAGUGGUCCCCGCUGGGCGAUCCGCGGAAGAAGAGGCCGCUCGCGUCGGUGGUGCUGGACGAGGGGGUCAAGGAGGGCAUCGUGGCGGACAUUACGGAUUUCCUGGGCCGCCAGCAGUGGUACGUGGACCGCGGCAUCCCGUACCGCCGCGGGUACCUCCUGUACGGGCCCCCCGGGAGCGGCAAGAGCUCGUUCAUCCAGGCGUUGGCGGGGGAGCUGGACUUCAGUGUGGCCAUGGUGAAUCUUAGCGAGAUGGGCAUGACGGAUGAUAAGUUGGCGUAUCUGCUGACGAAGCUGCCGAAGCGCAGCAUCCUUCUGUUGGAGGACGCGGAUGCGGCGUUUGUGAACCGCCGGCAGCGCGACGUGGAUGGGUAUAGUGGCGCCACGGUGACGUUUUCGGGGCUGCUGAACGCGCUGGACGGGUUGGCGGCGGGGGAGGAGCGCAUUGCCUUCUUGACGACGAACCAUGUUGACCGGCUUGACCCGGCGUUGAUCCGGCCCGGCCGCGUCGACAUGAUGGUGCGCAUUGGCGAGGCGACGCGGUACCAGGCCGGCGCUAUGUGGGAUCGCUUCUACGGGGAUAUGGAUGAAGACGGGUCUGCGCGGGAGAGGUUCCUCCGGCGGCUGGACGAGCUGGGCCUGUUUGGCGGGGAAGCGGAAAAGGAAGGGGAGGGGGAGGGCGGAGACGAGGCGAUCAAGGGUCGACAUACGAGCACGGCGGCCAUACAGGGACUCUUCUUGUUCAACAAGAACGACAUGGAGGGGGCCAUUGAGAUGGCCGAGGCGUUGGUGCCGAGGAAGUAUGAGCCGACUGAGGCGAUUCCCGAGGGAGCUAUCAGGACGAAAGCAUAACGACUCUCCUUGCUGUUGUGGCAGCAGCCAGCUGAACCGGUGCAACUUAUGACAGCCUUGCCCGGUUUUCUGUUUUCGCAUGUUGUAUUAUACAGUUGUAUACUAGAUGAGAAAGUGUGCACCAAGGGGGCAUAGAAUGCGAUUUCGAGAUGAUACCCUGGGGGGCUAAUCUAUUUUGUUCACCAG